AAACUGAUGAGUAACAUUAACAUUGAACACGGCUCUUAAUCACCAAUUAAUUAAAUAAUCAACUUUCGGUUCCUAAUCUUCGUAAUCAAUCUGCUUAACACCUGUACAAACUCCAAGUCCGUCAACUCUCCGUCAUGGUCACUGAUAACACCUCAUAAUCCCUGCAGGCCCGACGUUACAUCAUUUAACAUCUUUCAUUUCUUGGUUUCUACUUCUACUUCUUCUCUGAUCCGCGAUCAGGUUUGCGAACAGAAAAUUGAAACUGCCAAGCACAUCAGCGUUUUUUUUAUUGUUGUUGUUAUCAGAAGCUGAAUUGUAACAUAUUAGAAGAAUGGGGAGCCGUCUAUGGACUCUGCUCGGCCAUGCCCACACCCUGGCUGGGCCGGCCACCAUGUUGAUGUAUCCACUAUAUGCGUCGGUGAUAGCAAUGGAGACCACCUCAAAGCUGGAUGAUCAGCAGUGGCUUGCUUAUUGGAUCCUUUAUUCCUUCCUCACUCUACUCGAAAUGCUUUUACAACCUCUCUUAGAAUGGAUUCCAAUCUGGUAUGACAUAAAAUUAGUAUUCGCGGCAUGGUUGGUAUUACCACAGUUCAGAGGAGCUGCUUUUAUUUACGAGAAGAUCGUGAGGGAAAAAUUAUUCAAGAUUAAUGGAGACGGGGCAGUACAUUCUCCGAAACUAUUUAAGGCAAAUGGAGACGGGGCAGCACAUUCUCCCAAACAGUCUCCUAACUCCUCCAGACUCAGGAAGUUGAUUUCAUUUUCUUCGCAAAAAAAGGGGAAGUCUACUUGAAGAUAUUCAAGAAUAUAUGGUCAAGGGCAUUAAUGUUUUCUGUGUAAAACUUAGAGUUUAGAGACCUCUUGUUUCCCCUUUUUGUACCGGAGAUUUAAGUGUAUUCCUGGUCAAUGUUUGUUUGUGAUUACAGUCUAACUAGUUGAAAAGCUA